AUGGUCAGUGAAUAUUAUCACGCAAUAGAAAGUAAUGUUGAUCUUAAUGAAGUAUCGGAACAACAGAAUUCUAUAAAGAUAAACAAAUGCUGCGAGCCGAACGAACUUAUGGUCGAUUCAGUGUGUAGGUUGACUCAAAAAUAUAAUCAAAGUGAAUGGGUACCACAAUUUAAAACUGAAGAUGGCAAAGAUGCGGUAGUAAAGUAUUUUGGAUAUGUCAAUGGAGUACCAAAUUGUGCAACAACUCAACAGCGGCCUAUAUUUGAUUUAGGAAAAUCUGAAGAUGAAUUAAAAUUGUUAUCUGAUGGACGUCUACAACAUCUUAUUCAUCAUGAACAUAGUACUGAUCAUAUUAAAGAUGAUCCCAUACUAACCAAUACAUUUAGUAUUCAUGUAGCGAUAUUGAUCCCUGAUGAAAAGGUGCCAUCAUCAUAUAUUCAUGAUCAAAAUAAAUAUUGCUUAGAUAAGAUACUAAUAACAAGUUCAAACACAACUGGUUUAUAUGCUCUUGUAUGUGUUCCAGAAGUGAUUAUAAAUUGGAAAGAGACUAGUUUCCUUAUGAAAAAAGUUUUAAACCCUAUAUUUCAUGCAAUUGCUAUGAUUCUGUUUCUUGUUAUUGCCAUAGUUUAUUUUGUGCUACCAACAUUAAGAGAUUUAGCAGGCAAUAUUAUAACAACUAUAAAUGUUUGCUUGAUAAUCAGUCAAGCUGCUGAUUUAGUAAGAAUAUUUACAGAAUACAGUAAUCACAUCAGCUUCAUGGUUACAGAUGUUAUUUUAUACAUAAGUUUGCUAGGUGCAUUCUUUUGGUUGAAUAGUUUUGGAUUCUACAUAUGGAAAACGUUCAAGUCACGGAAUGUAUUUUUAAGAGUGACAGAUGUUCGCAAAUACUGCUAUUAUUCAAGCGUGGUUUGGUCUUGCGUUGUUUUAAUGACUGCAAUGGCGUUAUGCGCUCAUUUUUUAUUAGACACUGGUGUAGAUCCAUAUAAAAAAAUGCGACUUUCAACAACUAUAUUUAUUGAAGAUAUGGAACAACAAGAAACUAUUGGCUGGCUCGGUAUUGCUGUAUUUUUUACACCAAUUGCUUUUACUAUCAUUUUUAAUUUGUUUUUCUAUAUAACAACAUUGAAAGUUAUCAAGAGGAUAAACAUAUAUGGAAGGAUACACUACAAACUGAAAGGAUGUUUCAACUUAUUUGUACAACUGUUUAUAAUUAUGACAAUGUCGUGGUUAUUCCUUCUAAUGUCAUGGUUGAAUUAUGAUGGUUUACUUUACGCGCAUAUAGUAGUGAAUCUACUACAGGCGAUAUUAAUAUUCUACGUGUGCAUUGUGAGACAAUCGCAUGUCAUGUUUCUAUUGAGAAAGAGCUGUUGUUAUGCAGAGCCUGUGCCCACCGGCGAGUGGGGAGAUGAGAUGACUCAUAUGAAUGGAGGUAAUUAU